CAGGAGGCGGCGCACGUGCGGUAUGUGUGUGUUUUUCUGCGGGGACGAUGGGGAAGAGACGGCAGAGGGGUAACGUUUUUGCCAACCUCACUAAGAAGCAGAAGAAACAUCUGAAGGAAUUCGGAGAAGAGCAUCCUUUCCACGACAAUGUCCACGAGCGGGAAGAGAGAACGCAGAUUCUCAGUUUGCCGGACAGCCCGGAGCGACGCGAGCCGGAGAGCGACGAGGAGUCGGAGCAUGAGCCGGAGCGUCAGACGGCCUACGAGGAGCUGUUGUCCACUCUGAGACACCCUGAUGAAGGGGAUGAGGAGGAGGAGGAAGAUGAGGAUGAUGGGGAAGAAGAAGAGCGUGAGGAUGGGCCAGAGAGUGGUGAGGAGGUGGAUUCAGAAGGACAGGAGGAGGACAGGGGGGGCAUCAGCGAGGCCCCAGAUGAGUGGGGUGGGGGUGCGGACAAUGCCCCCGAGGAGAACAGCGCUCCAGGCGAAGAGUUUGAGGACAAGGAGCAUGAGUCCCAGUUCAGCCUGGAGACCAACUUCCUUGCGGAGGGGGAUGCAGAGACGGAUGAGAGCAAGAACCCCCAGGAGGAGAGCAGUGACCCUUUUGUUCAACACUUGGGAAACGAACUGAGCGAAGAAGAGGUACGAAAACUCGCAUCAGGCACCAGGACCAGGACUCAGGCCAAGUGGCCGAGACUGGGAACUAUGACGUGCAGCUCGGCCCUGGACAGGUUCGGCGCUGUCGGCUUGGAGUCAAGCGUCAAACCGCUGCUUCUCCACAAGACCUUGGAGGCCAACUGGCCAUUGGUGAACAAGACCUUUGUGGCCCAGGGUUCCUCCCAGGAUGUCAGCCCACUGCAGCGGGAACUGCUGGGCCUCAUGGGAUCUUACCGGGACGUCUACUUCCCUGAGAGCUCGCCCAUGGCUGAGGCACGUGAGGUGCGCAGCGCAUACUGCCUGCACGCCCUCAACCACGUGCUGAAGGCCAACGCUCGCGUCCUGGCCAACAACAGCCACCUUCGUGACCGCAAGCCUGGGGAGGAGCUGGAGGACGAAUGCCGGGACCAGGGGAUGACACGGCCCAAGGUGCUCAUUCUGGUGCCUUUCCGAGACCACGCCUUGCAGGUGGUCCACAUCCUCAUUAGCCUGCUGGAGCCCAAAGGAAAGAAGAUGGACGUCAGCCACAAGAAGAGGUUCAAGGAUGAAUAUGGGGAACAAGCCAGUGACCGACCGCCCAACCUCUCCCGGCCAGACGACUAUCACGCCAUCUUCUCCGGCAACGUUGAUGACCACUUCCGAAUUGGCUUGUCCGUUCUGCGCCGCAGCCUACGCCUCUAUGCCCCGUUCUACUCCUCCGAUAUCAUCAUUGCGUCUCCGUUGGGGCUGCGCACGGUUCUGGGGACAGAGGGCGAGUCCAAGCGUGACUUUGACUUCCUGUCCUCCAUCGAGGUGCUGGUGGUGGACCAUGCUGACGUUUACCUAAUGCAGAACUGGGAGCACGUGCUGACCACGAUAAAGCACCUGAACCUGCAGCCGCUGGGCUCUCAUGGCGUGGACUUCUCCAGGGUGCGCAUGUGGAACCUCAACAACUGGGCGCAGUACUACCGCCAGACGCUGGUGUUCAGCUCCAUCCAGGACCCCCAGAUCAACAACCUCCUCACAAAGCAUUGCUUCAACUACCGGGGACAGGUUUCUGUGAAGAAUUUAUCUAAAGUGGGCUCCAUCUGCCAGGUUGUGGUGCAGUUGCCCCAUGUCUUCCAGAGGCUCAACUCUGAAAGCUUUACAGACCAGGAAUGCAGGUUCCAGUUCUUCGUGGACAAGGUGCUACCCCAGUACAGGGACGCGGUGAUGUCCCACACCCUCAUCUACGUGCCCUCCUACUUCGACUACGUGCGGCUGCGCAACUACCUGCGCAAGGAGGAGGUGAACUUUGCCAGCAUCUGCGAGUACUCGGCCAGGUCGCAGGUGUGCCGCGCCAGGCACUUCUUCCAGAAGGGCGACAGGCAAUUCCUCCUCUUCACUGAGCGCUUCCACUUCUACAAAAGGUACGCGAUCAAGGGGAUCCGCAACCUGAUCUUCUACGCGCUUCCCACCUACGCGCACUUCUUCAGCGAGAUGUGCAACAUGCUGCGUGCGGGCAGCGAUGCCGGGGAUUCUGGCUGGACCUGCACCGUGCUCUACAGCCGCUUCGACUUGCACAGGCUGGCCGCCGUGGCCGGAGCCGAGCGAGCCGCGCAGAUGCUGCGCUCCCAGAAGUCCGUGCACCUGUUCGUCACGGGAGAGGAACACUCCCUCUGAGCACCUGGGGAGGUUGGGCGGGGCUUCCUGUGGGGCAGGGCUACCUGAUCGCACCUGCAGGCUGCAGACUGGUGUGUACUGUUGAGUGGAGGGACUGUUGUUCACAGUGUCUCAGGCUGGUGUGAGGAAAUUAAUGCGUUUGUGUCGUGUCUCAAUAGUGACUGAUCCUCUUCUGCAUCUCGGCACAUAAACGGUAUAAAUGCCUUCAAGUGUUGAUUUGGCUCUAAAGAAGAUGGUCCAGUUUCAUAAAAAAUUUUUUCCAGACAUUCUUAUGCAGGUUGUACAUUGAACAACUGACAGUGUUAGUUCAACCAGGACUUUGUAAACAAUGUUAGGCCUUUUUUGGAAUAAAUUGCACCGUUAC